CAUCUCGGACGUCUGCACUGCUGCAGCGUUUGUGUGCACGAUGUCAAACGGGGACAGGAUGGUUUUAGCCCUCGGUGGAGCAGGAACUGUCGGCUCCGGGAUAGUGAAAGCUCUCCUGGACAAGGGUUUCAAGGUUGCUGUGAUCUCCAGAGACAGCAGCAAGUUGGAGAAACUUAAGGGGUUUGUUUCACCUGGCACAAAAAGUAACCUGACCACUUUAGUGGGGAAUGUCGGCUCAGAAGAAGGAGCGGAGGAGGUGAAACAGGCCUUGCUUAAGUCAGUGGGAAAGAUCACAGAUGUGGUGUCCUCUCUGGGUUUCAGCUGGUGGCAGGGAGGUCCACCACACACUCAAAACCUCAAAGAACUGCACUGGGUUAUUGAGACUCUGCUUUUCAGCACCUUUGUGUCUUGGAAGGCGUUCUUUCCCCUGGUGAGAGAUGAUACUAACUCCACCUACACGUUUAUCACAGGAGGUGCUGGAGAGAAAGUGCUAAUGCCGGGCACAGGGUUCCUGACUGUAGGGGUAGCCAGUGCCCUGUCGUUCUGUCAGGUUCUGCGUGAGGAGUACCCAGAGGUGCCAUGCAAAGUCAACCAGGUGAAAAUCAAUACAGGUGUGGCGGUUCCAGACCGAAUGGCCCCCGGGUACCUGAACCACUUGGAUUUAGGGGAGGCUGUGGCUACGCUGGUGGAGCGCGGCAACUCGUCCCACACCAUCUUCCCUGUGAGCUGUACUGCCGAUCUAAAAACUGUGAUCUUGGAGGGCAGUCUGUAAGCAAGGCCCAUCGGAUUUUCCUCUGUAUUCACUUUAUCCUGUUAGUAUGCAUGUAUUGUAUUUAAUGUCAACCAAACAUUUCUGUACUGUCAAACCCCAGCUUUGUUAGAGUGCAGUCAUAACCUUGAUAUACUCAUUGUGCUCAAAACAAAUCAAUAUAAUAACCAAUGGAAUGGUACAGAUGCUUUGGAGUGCAGCUGAGUGUAAGCGCAGUCCCAGACUUGUAAGUUUGACAUUGAAAAAGAGAGAAAAAUAUGGCAGAUUGUUGGCACACUUGCAUCCCCGUAGUGUGACUAACUGCCCUCAUUCACUCAAAGCUUAUCUGGCUGUUGUUUCCACGGCUCCAAUUAUUCCUAGCCAAUGUUUCCCAUAAUAAGUGUGUAGGGGGCAAAGGGUUCAGAAAUGGCCGGCCUUCAAACUGGAGGACAUUGUUGUCCAUGUUUCCUGUAAUCAUGACAUAUACAUUAACGCUUUGGUGACGGGGAUUUAAAUUUGCCACUGGAUUUAGUAAAGUGUCUAAUUAAAGGGGGAAGGAUGUGAGAAGGCUUUGUCAGUUUGUCACUGUAGUUUUGCAUUGAAUCAGCUUAUUAAAGUGAUAAUUCACUCAAAACUUAAAACUUUUCAUCUUCAUUUCAGUUCCAAACCUGUAUGACAUGCUUUCUUCUGUGGAACAAAAAAGAAAACGUUUAUAUAUAUUUUUUUGUUGUUGUUUUUUUUUUGAAGAAAGAAAACCAUAUAGGUUUGAAAUUAGAUAUUAGAUUGAAUAGAUGAUGAGAAUGUUCAUUUUUGGGUGAACUCUCUCUUUAUAUCUUAAAUACAGACCAAAAAGUGUGCCAUUCUGUUUAUACAGCCAAAACAUAGUUUCUGUUACUCAGUUUAGUACUUGUCUGAGUGAAAACAAUUAAUGGGGCAUUUAUAUUGUGUGUCUGAGAAAAUUAAAAUAAUAAAAAAAGAGAAAAUC